AUGGCCCCCUUUUUGGUUGAGCACUCCCUGUGGUGGGGACCUGAGUGGUUGACCAGGUCAGAAUCUAAUUGGCCGCGAACACCGGCCUUGGAUACUGUCACAUUGCCUGGGUUGCGAACCCUUGCGAUUGAACGGCGGGACCAUCCGUUCGACCCAGAUUUCCUAAUGAAUCGCUACAGCUCAUUAGACAAAUUACUGGGGGUCACCGCUUGGAUCAAGCGCUUCACCAGAAAUUGUAGACACCCACAGAACAAAUGCUUGGAGGCGUUCUUAUCGCCACAAGAGCUCCAGGAUGCUCUUCUUCAUUGGGUUCGUUCUGUGCAGGAAGAGAACUUUGAAAAUGAGAUUGAUAUUUUGAGAAAAGGCAAAUGUAAGCUGUCUGGAGCCAUUUGCAAACUGAACCCCUUUUUGGACAGUGCGGGUCUUUUGCGAGUCGGAGGGCGUCUAAGGAACGCAAACCUCCCGUAUGGAGCUCGUCAUCCCCUUCUGUUGCCCAAAAGUGGCCACUUAGUCUGUUUAUUAGCACUGGCAGUUGCCACUUGCAAGGCCGGAUUUGAAUCCGGACACGAUCAAGGAAAUAAUGGAUUAGGAGAUAAUGGUGGAGGUCACCACUUUUCUUCUCUUCAAGGUGGAGGUGGGGGUCACGACUUUUCUGGUAGUCAGGGUGGUUAUGACUUCUCUGGCGGUCAAGGUGGUCACGGAUUCAGCGGAGGACAAGACUUCAGUGGAGGACAAGACUUCUCUGGCGGCCAUGGCAACGAUCACACCAUAGCCCUCGUUCAAAACCAAGACUUAGGAGGACACGGUCAACAAAGUUUUAACUUUGGCGGUCACGGUGGAGGACAAAGCUUUGAUCUCGGUGGACACGGUGGAGGACAGAACUUUGACCUUGGUGGUCACAGUGGAGGGCAGAACUUCGGUGGAGAUUCAUACCUUCAAGCCAUUCAUGAUUUGGGACAGAAUUUUAAUGGAGGUGGUGCAGGAGGUCACGGCGGUUUUCAAGGAGCCCUAUCCGGUCAUAACGAAGGCCAAGGAGGUAACGGAAACUUCGGUGGACAUGGAUUUGGAGGUCACGGUAAUGAACAACAAGGCUUUAUUCUGCAAGAUGGCGGCCAUGAGUAUGGUGAUCAACAAAACUUUGGCCACCAAGAAGCCAUCCCAGUAGGAGAGCAUGUUGACGAGGAACAUCCCGUCGAAAUACCUAACUAUAAACACGUUACUUACCCAAUCAACAAGAUUCUCCAUGUGAACGUACCCAAACCCAUUCUUAUUGGUAUUCCUCAUCCUUACCCUGUCAAGGUUCCUGUCAACAAGCCAGUAGCUGUUCCAGUUGAAACCGAAAUCUCUAUACCUAUUGAGAAGGUUGUCCCUUACCCCGUUGUCAAGCACGUGCCUUACCCAGUUGAGAAGCACGUACCUAUCAAAGUAGAAAAGACCGUGACUGUUCAUGUACCCCAGCCUUACCCAGUCAAGAUCCCAGUAUACAAAACCAUCCAUCAUCAUAAAGAUCACCACUAAAUAAUCGUUUGUGUAUUUUGACGCGUGUGUGUGUGUUCCGUGCCUUGUAAAUAUUGUUAACUAAUUUUAAGUCAUUUUCAACUGUCUUCAUGUUGUAGUUGAUUUAUUUAUUAUUAAGAUUGUUGAUGUUUUUUUUUGUAUUUUUAAAUAAAAAUACCA